UGUGUCUUUAAACGUUUGACCGUUACAAGCAUGGCUAGCCAGUUAAAUCAAUCAAAAAAGAGAGGGCUUGAUGAUAUGGACACUCAUACUAGCGAUGGGGAGAUUUCGGAAAAAACUGGAGACUUUCAUAUGAGAGAUGUUAUGCAUGGUAUAAAUAAUAUUCAAAACACUCUGGCCAACCUGUUACUAAGGAUAGAUGGGCAAGGUCGCCAUCUUGAUGAAGUCACAAAGGAUAUCAGAGGAAAACAUGGCAUUCAGGAGAGAUUAGAAAGUGUACAAGAACAAGCGAACGAUACGAUAUAUAUAACCACUGAGCUGCAUGAAAAACAGAAGAAGAUGGAAAGAGAACUUAGCCGAAUGAAGGAUUACAUAGUUCGACUGGAGUAUUGUGUAAAGACUCAAAAGACCGUGUUGAAGGGUCAAAAACUCAUUUUCACACAAAGCAAAUCUGUGUAUAGAGAUAAAAUUGGUAGCCGACCUAUGGCCGAUGAGAUCAUCAGUGGAGAAGAGGUAAAGAUCGCGAUCAGUACGGGGAAGACCACAGAAGAUAAUGGAAACCGGUUUGCUGCCCACUCAACGCCAGUAGAUUCCUAUAAACAGGUGAGGCGAUCGCUUGUGGAAGUUGUGCGUACAGAAAACACUGCCAGUGCAAGUCACAAUAUAUAUGCGUUCCGAUUUUCCACUAGUGAUGGAACAGCGCAUGAGGGAUCUGAAGAUGACGGCGAGCACGGAGCCGGGAGAAUGUUACUCAAAGCACUCGCUGAUAAUGAUAUAAAUAACGCACUGGUGGUCGUCUCGCGGUGGUGUGGUAGUAAAAUCGGACCCAGACGUUUCACACAUAUCAACGAGGUUGGGUUAAGUGCAGCAAGAAAUAUGCCAGUCCCCGUCUGA